GAAUGGGCGGGGCCAUGUGGCGUCAGCACAAGAUGGCGUCCUCAGCGGCGCUCGCCCUACGCUUGCGGAGCGGGCUCCGGCUCGGCACGCGGGGCUUAUGCGCGAGGCUGGUGACGCCGCCCCCCCGGGCUUCGGACCAGGCCAAGGAGAUUGGGAGCCACCCCAGCACUAAGGCCCAGGCACAGGGGUCACAGCAGCAGCGGGGCAAGGAGGGUCCCAGCUACGCCAAAAAAGUUGCACUCUGGCUUGCUGGGCUGCUUGGGGCCGGAGGGACCGUGAGUGUCAUCUAUAUCUUCGGAAACAACUCUGUGGAUGAAACUGGUGCCAAGAUUCCUGAUGAAUUCGACAAUGAUCCAAUUCUGGUACAGCAGUUGCGCCGGACAUACAAAUAUUUCAAAGAUUAUAGACAGAUGAUCAUCGAGCCCACCAGCCCCUGCCUUCUCCCAGACCCUCUGCGGGAGCCGUACUACCAGCCGCCCUACACACUGGUCUUGGAGCUCACUGGUGUCCUCUUGCACCCUGAGUGGUCGCUGGCCACUGGCUGGAGGUUUAAGAAGCGUCCAGGCAUCGAGACCUUAUUCCAGCAGCUUGCCCCUUUGUAUGAAAUUGUCAUCUUUACGUCAGAGACUGGCAUGACUGCGUUUCCGCUCAUCGACAGUGUGGACCCCCAUGGCUUCAUCUCCUACCGCCUCUUCCGGGAUGCCACGCGAUAUAUGGAUGGGCACCAUGUUAAGGAUAUUUCCUGUCUGAAUCGGGACCCAGCCCGUGUGGUGGUUGUGGACUGCAAGAAGGAAGCCUUUCGCCUACAGCCCUACAAUGGUGUUGCCUUGCGGCCCUGGGACGGCAACUCUGAUGACCGGGUCUUGUUGGAUCUGUCUGCCUUUCUCAAGACCAUCGCAUUGAAUGGUGUGGAGGAUGUCCGGACUGUGCUGGAGCACUACGCCCUCGAGGAUGACCCACUGGAGGCUUUCAAACAGCGGCAAAGCCGGCUAGAGCAGGAAGAGCAGCAGCGUCUGGCAGAGCUCUCCAAAUCCAGCAAGCAGAACCUCUUCUUCAGCUCUCUCACUAGCCGCUUGUGGCCUCGCUCCAAACAGCCCUGACCUCUGGGCCUCCUCAAACUCGGUGCCUGGGUCCCGGACCCCAGGCUGCAGUGCUCCCAGACCACGGCUUGGGCAGCCACAUGUCCAAUAAAGUCCAUCACAGAUGCCAUACUCCUGUGUCCGGAGAUUCUCCAGAUGGGGGCAUCAGGGUGAGGUUCGAGUGGCUGAUCAGCUGCCAAGCACAGAGUGGGUGCUUUGGUGCAUCAGGGCUGGUUUUUAACCCAGGCCUGGGAGUCUGAGAACCCGGGUCCCUGCUCUGGCCAUUUUCCUGGUGUACUGUGUGAUCUGCAAAAAGUUCAUCUCCCUUUUCUGGCCUCAGAUUCCCCAUCUGUGGCCAUCUGUGGAAAAGAGAAGAGAGGACUGCCUUGGGGGUUUAAAAGCAGGUAGCUACCAGGUUGCUGUGUAAAUGUGUGAAGCGUGGGCUCAGUGGGCUCUGGUGGACGGAGAUCUGCCGGUCUCAAGAGGGCAGCUGCUGUUCAGCUCUGCCAACUGUGGCCCCAUGGAAAGGUGGGUAGAGAGUUGCUUUAUCUUACGAUUUUUUUUUACAUUUCUUUUUUUUUUUUUGAAGAUUUUAUUUAUUUAUUUUUAGAAGGGAAGGGAGGGAGGAAGAGGGAGAGAAACAUCAGUGUGUGGUUGCCUCUUGUGCAUCCCCUACUGGGGACCUGUCCCGCAACCCAGGCAUGUGCCCCAACUGGGAAUUGAACUGGCGAUCCCUUGGUUCUUAAGCUGACAUUCAGUCCACUGAGCCACACCAGCUGGGGUGAUCUUCUGAUUUUUAAUGGAAGUCAGAAAUUGGGAUUUUUAUAUUAAAUCUUCCAGUUUUUAAAUGUUGGCUUCUAAUUAAAACAGGCAGAUUAUAGCAGCACUGUCAAUGGAACUUCCUCUGAUGUUUGUACCAUUCUAAAUCUGCUCUGUGCAGUGGCUGCAGGGGGACAUUAAGUACUUGAAAGGUGGCUAGGUAACUGAAAAAUGGAAUUUAAAAUUUUGUUUUAUUUUAGUUGAUUUUAAUUUAAAUGGCCACGUGUGGCUCCUGGGUCUUGCAUUGGAUAACACUAAUUAAAGAGUAUGGGUUGCAGACUGUCUGAGUUCAAAUCCAGGCUCUGCCUACCACUUCCUGACUGUGUGAUGUUAGGCAAGUUACUGCACUUCUCAGUGCCUCCUCAGUGUCCACAUUUAUAAAACAAUAAUAAUGGUGCAUGCCCCAUGCUCAGCUUGAGGGCUGAGUGAGGCACUCCAUGAAGGCACUCAGCUGGUAGCUAUGUGAACUUUGGGCAAGAUACCUUUCUACCUCAGUUUCCUCAUCUCUGAAACAGAGGUUAUGGCAGCACCUGUCUUAGUAGAAUGGCUGUGUGGUGUACACGGGACAACCCCCAUUCAGGCUGUGUGUGGACUUACACGGGGCUCGUUACCAAGUCAUGCUGCUCAUUCACAGAUUAAAGUAACAUGUACAGUUGGGCAGCCCUUCUGAGUUGUACUGCCUAUAACAUGGGGAAGACUUGUUACGUCCUUAGGACUCCGUAGCUUGAGAACCUCCACAGGAUUGAGGGAGGGGACUGUGACUUUUUUGUUUUGCUUUUAUCACAUUAUCUUAAGAAUUGGAGGCUGGCUUAACCAGAAGGCUUAUCUGUUCGGGCAAUGUGACUGGGAAAAGUGUGUAUGGGUGGAGGUAGAGCCACCACAAGUGUGCUGCCUACCUCAUGGGUAACACACUUAGUCCCACAGAACCUGAGGAGCCUGUUGAAAUGUAACUCAGAUCUGUCUGCACAGGCCACGAAAGGAGGGAGGGUGUUUGCCCAUUGACCCCUGUCCUCCAGUGGUCAGGAGUGGCCGCUGGGGGUUAAGGCUCUGACACUCUGGGUGGCACAUGCUUCAGUGCCCAGUGGGUUCCCCAGGCCUCUCCAGCCUUGGUGCUGGCUCAGGGAUGGUGCUGUCAGGCCACACCUGAUCAGGGCUGGAGGGCAAGAGUGGGGGAGAGGGUUUGACACAGGCGUCUUCUGAGACACGGCUUAAGUUGUAUGGCCUAGGGUGUUCUCCUAGAAUGCUCUAGGGCUGUACUGUGGCCUCUAUAAGGCAAGAUGCGGCCAUCGUUAAGGCACACUCCAGCAGGGUCUGAAUUCCCAUGUCACACACCAUUUGCAAGCCCUGUGACCCUGGACAAGGUCUCAAGCUUCUCAGUUUUCCUCAUAAGAAGUUAAUAAUGCCUUCCUCAUUCAUUCAUUAUUUCCUAAGCUCCAGCUGUCAGGCCUCGAUCUAGGCCAGGGGUGUCAAACUCAUUUUCACUGGGAGCCACAUCAGCCUCAAUGUUGCCUUCAAAGGGCGGAAUGUAAUUUUAGGACUGUAUAAAUGUAACUGCUCCUUAACAGUUAAGCAAAAACUCGGUGCUGCUGCCUGGUAGAAAGAGGUGCCUGGUAAGAUAAAACAAAGUGGGGGGCUUUGUGUUUGCCACCUGUGGUCUAGGCACUAGGGGGCAUCAGUGCACAAGUUAGAUUAAAAAUUGCCCUGAUGGAGGUGAUAAUCUCAGAGGAGCUAGACAAUGGUCAGAUAUUUCUUGGGGUAAUAAAUUCAUAAAGAAAAGUAUGGAAAGAUACGGAGUGGUUUGGGGACCUGAGGUGCUGUUUUAGAUGGGAUGGAAGAGUCAGGAAAAGACUUUGGAUGGUGUGUUUCAGCUGAGGCCAAAAGGAAGUGAGGAAAGCCAUGGGGGUGUCUGAGUGUGCCAGGCAUGGCCACCUCAAAACCUUUGCAUUUGAUACUCUGCCAAGAAUGUUUCCCCCCAGCAUCCACGUGGCUUACUCCCUUCCUUAAGGUCUUUGCUCACCUCAGCAUGCCUGUGGGCACUUGAGGAAAAGUCCUGAUUAGCCAAAAAGCAGCUUAUAAAUCCUUUAAAGUACUAUAGAUGUGAGAGAAUUCAUGUGAGUGAGAUGCUGUUAUGCCUGACAUAGGCCCUCAAUAAAGGCUGGCUAUUUUUAUGAUCUUUAAAAUUCAAGACCUGGAGUGUUACCCUCCCAAGUUAUUAUCCAGGGCGGGAAUUUGCCUUUUCCACUGCUGGUUCUAAUGGCUGUCCAAAUUCCAUUUGAAUGACUUAUGAUGGGAAGCUCUAUCUAUCCCAGUACAGGGCCUAAUGUGCCUCCUCGUAACUGGCCCAUGAGGUCUGGCACUGCACUUUUGGGGCCACAGACCUGUUUGAGCAAGAGUAAUAUGGAAGAAGGGCCUCAAUGUCAACCUUAGAAUCGAAGUGUAUUUUGAAGGCACUGGGGAGCCAUGGGAGAUUCUGUGCAGGAGAACGACAUGGUCAGAUGUGUGCUUAGAAGACACCAUAGGUCGGUGGUCAGGAUUAGGAUAGAGGAAUCACGGGACUAGGAACCCAGGAGAUGCCUGGCCUGGGAGUGUUAGGGAAGGCUUCCCACCAGAGGUGAAGUCUGAACGGUGAACGGGUAGAGGGGAAACCUGUGCAAAGGAACCUGGGAUGUUCUGCACAAUGGACCAUAGUCCUCUGCUCAAAAUCCGUGACUGCCAUCAGAGAAAACGCUUUGGGUUGAAUUCUUUCAUU